GUUAAAGAGAAACUUCUCUACUACAGUGUCCAUCAUUAAGUUCAGUAAUCCUGUCAAGUGUCCAUUAUCUGGCUGCUAAAUUUUCAUGCUGGCUCCUAGAUCUAAAUAAAAUUUGUCAAGGCCUGAGGUAACCCAAUAAACUGCUGCUAGGUGAAUGUUUAGAAAUAUUUACAGUAGAGAGGAAAUUGUUGUCAUGUGGACUUAUUUGAAAAGAGAUGAAAAAUAAUGUUGUUUGACGUUCCAGAGGCGAACAACUGUGCUUAUUUUAGAAAUAUGAAUAGGAUUGGUUCUGUUUAUCCACAGCAGGAAUUAACGAACUUAGUCAUUUUUGUGAGUGAAUGUUUUCAUUGGCAAGAAGUGUUUUGUUGGUUUCAUUUCGUUCUUGAAAGUUGACAUACCUCUCAGUUGAUUGGUCAUAUAUUAUUAACCACCUAUUAUUCGUCAACAGACAUGCAUUCCAUGAAGUUGAGUGCCAUUUUGUUAGUGGCCACUUUUGAAUACAUUAUGGUGUCACUUGUUAGCAAGGGCAGUAGUGAGAUCCUCUUGCCAGCACCUCCUCCGGCUGCAUCAGCCAAGGGAAAACCUAGAAGCAUGGUACCUGUUGGAGCAGGACUUUCCAGGGAUGAGGAUUGGUCCAGAGCCAACUACAGAUUCUUUCAUUGCUGUGAUGUAUGGAGAAACUGAAGGAAGUACUCCUGGGAAUGCUCUUGUGGUGGACCCUAAGAAGCCAUUCCGCAAGCUCAGCCGUUUUGGCAAUGCAUUUUUGAAUAGAUUCAUGUGUUCUCAGUUACCUAAUCAGGUUCUGAAGAGUAUCAGCAUCAUAGAUAGUCCUGGCAUUCUUUCAGGAGAGAAACAGCGUAUCAGUAGAGGCUAUGACUUCUGUCAAGUACUGCAAUGGUUUGCUGAGCGGGUGGAUCGCAUCAUCCUCUUAUUCGAUGCUCAUAAACUAGAUAUUUCUGAUGAGUUCUCAGAAGCGAUCAAGUCGUUCCGGGGACAGGAUGACAAGAUCCGGGUGGUGUUGAAUAAGGCAGACCAAGUGGACACACAGCAGUUGAUGAGAGUCUAUGGCGCGCUUAUGUGGUCCCUAGGAAAAGUGAUUAACACUCCAGAGGUUUUGCGGGUCUACAUUGGUUCAUUUUGGGCUCAGCCUCUGCAAAACACAGAGAACCGAAGACUGUUUGAAGUGGAAGCACAAGAUCUGUUCCUGGACAUCCAGAGCCUACCGCAAAGGGCAACAGUGAGGAAACUUAAUGAUCUUAUCAAGAGAUCACGACUUGCAAAGGUGCAUGCUUAUAUCAUUAGCCAUCUGAAGAAGGAAAUGCCUGCUGUGUUUGGAAAAGAAAAUAAGAAGAAAGAGCUGAUCAGCAAACUGCCUGAGAUUUAUGCUGAGUUGCAACGAGAGUACCAUAUCUCAGCAGGAGACUUCCCAGAAGUCAAGAAAAUGCAGGAAUUGCUGGAGAACUACGACUUCACCAAAUUCCAUUCUCUGAAACCAAAGCUGAUUGAAGCUGUAGAUAACAUGUUGGCCAAUAAAGUUGCCUACCUGAUGAAUCUGAUUACCCAGGAAGAGCGUUCCAUGCCUAUGCAGAAGGUUCAAGGUGGGGCAUUUGAUGGCACCACAGCAGGGCCAUUUAACCAUGGCUAUGGGGAAGGUAUCAAGGAAGGAGCCAAUGAAGAGGAGUGGGUUGUUGCCAAAGAUAAACCUGCAUAUGAUGAGAUCUUUUACACACUCUCUCCAAUCAAUGGCAGAAUCUCUGGGGCCAGUGCAAAGAAGGAAAUGUUGACCUCCAAACUGCCAAACAGUGUCCUGGGGAAAAUAUGGAAACUUGCUGACUAUGAUAAUGAUGGCAUGCUGGAUGAGGAGGAAUUUGCAUUAGCAAAACAUCUAAUCAAGAUAAAACUAGAAGGAUAUGAACUCCCCAGUAGCUUACCCAGCCAUCUGAUACCUCCAUCACACAGAAAAUCUUUGAAUGGGUGAUAAACAUGUUUCUGAAAAUGUUUAAAUUCAAAGAGGUAGGAUCCUGUUACAGCAAAGCCCAUCUAUCGAUUUUUUUAAAAACUUGGAAUUAGGGUUAUUGGCAAGCCUUUUCAAGGUCAUUUCUAACAUUCAACCUUUCCUGUACAAAUACCAUGCUUGUGUAGGAAGAAGCAUGAAAACUAUUGUGUGUUGGGUCUGAUUCAUUGCACACGUACAUAUGUGUACUUGAAAGCUUUUAUUGUAGCGUGUGUGUGUGUCCACACACACACACACAACAUUCGUAAUAGAUAAGCAGGGUAUAAAUUUUUAAUAUAGAAAUAAACAUUUUAUAUACACAGUAAAAUAAACACAUCUACCGCACAUAUCAUGAUAUCUUUUAUGUCAUGAAUGGAAACACUUUCUGGUAUUUGAAAUGGCGGCCCUAAAUUGGAUGUUAUGUUCCAUGCAAGUUACGGGAACCAGAAAUGUUGUGUGGAAUGAGCAUGUUAAUAGUUCUAAAAGCACUCUACUAAAAAAAAAAAAAGUUUCAAGUGCCUUUCAAAUUACUACAGUAGGGUUUUUUGGUUUUUGUGAGUAGGAAGAAAAUUCAUAUUUGCCAUUUUUUAAAACCAUGUUUACAGUCACAAUGCUGAAAUGAAAUGCGGUAGCUAUAAAAUCAUUUCAGCUAUACCAGUGAUUUAUACUUUGAUUAUACAAUGUGAAACUCCCCUAGGUUUUCAAAAGGAUCUCUAAAAAUGUUAUAGUUAUCCUCUUUUGGAAGGCAUCUAUCCUUCACUAACGAUACUUGAAAUAUCGUCAUGACUAUCGGAAUCUACCUAUACACCUGGAAUUCCAUCUGCUCUUUUAAGUAUUUUAAGUUCAGCUUUAUUACUUUAGGCAAACAUUAAACAUACUAAAACUUGUACUAGUUUAAAAAUUUAUGCUUACUUUGAGAAAAAGAAGAGGACAAUAUGCUCGGAAGGAUCUUUUGUAUGAAUCAAAUUCAGAAAAAUCAUGGAAUGAUUAAAAUGUCAAUUUAAAUAUAUACAAUUUAAUUACAAAGUGUACUAUCAUCUGUAGUGACUAUGGUGGCUACUUCUUUUGCCUCUUUAUAUGUAGAACAUAUAAAAAGAGACCUGCUGAAUCAGACCAAUGGUCCCUCUAGUUUCAAAGGAAGCCUAAAAGUAGGGCAUGAAGUCAGUAGUCCUCCCAGUAUCUGACAGCCAAAGAUAUAUUACUUUUAAACAUGCAGGCUCCAUUUAGCUGUCAUGGCUGAUAGUUUUAAAAUUAGAUGAACAUAUCACUUGUCUAAGCCAGCAGCCUCAUCACCACAUUUGCAGCAGUUAAUUCCAUAGAUUAAUUGUGUGUUGUGUGACGAAGUCCUUUAGAGCACUGUGAAGUACCUAGCAGCAUACAUGAAAAGCAACAAGAAAAAUGUGGUGUUGCUUUGCACCUUUUAAAUGUGCGGUACAUACAAAAGUCAGCGCUUUUAUUUAAUCCAUCCACUGUAGUAUGGUUUAGAAAGGUAUCCAAUUGAAGAGCUUAAUCCCAUAGAGGCAUAGCUUUAAAAAGAAGAUGACACAUGCAUUUUAUACAGCUGCCUUGUAGGUAUAUAGUGAGGCUAUUCACACACGCGUGCAAAACCGGGUCAAGGGAGCCCAGCCCGGUUUUGCACGCAUGUGUGAACCACUGGAUUGGGCCCGAUCCCAGCGGCUACACGGCGGCAAACCCGCCUAAGUAGCCUCCCUUUUAAAUGAGGUUAAGGGAGCAAGUGCUCCCUUAACCCCAUUUAUUUGCUCAUGUGUCAGCCAUGGCUGGCACAUUCGGGGGGGGGGUGUUCCCAACAAUGCACCAUGCGCUUGUGCGGUGCAUUAUUGGAGCUCCAGGGAGUGGGGUGACAUGCGGCGGUGCAUCCUGGCACCCUAAACCCUCAAGAGCUGCAGGGAGUAGCUGCCAAUCAUCUGGGUGAGCAAUCCGCCCGCCAGCGAAGCAAGGAUGAUUGUCUCUGGGGAGGGUGAGUGUAACCUGCUCUCCCCGCAGACCGUCCCAGAACUCUUCUCACUGUUUGUGAGAAGAGCUCCAUUUUGUGUCAGUCAAGGGUGUUCUAACUUAAAGUAGCUAAUAGCAUUUUGUACAGGGCAAAUUGGUUUGGUCAUAAUUGUAGGUCUCUUCUUGACAUGCACAGCAGAUUUUCUGGCAUCUUCAAGCCUUCAAUGCAUUCCUUUUCAGCUAUUUCAUUUAUGGGUAAUCAGGGGCGUAACAAGGCUGGAGUGGGCCCAGAGACAAAAUUUUAAAAUGGGCCCCUCGCUGAUACACACACACACUUGACAAUAUAUAGUCAUGUGACUUGCCUCGGGGGGGCCCUCGAGGCGUGGGGGGCCCCAGGCAGCCACCUCCCCUUGCCUAAUAGUGGUUACGCCCCUGUGGGUAAUGUUGACGCUGUCAGGACUUGUGGCAUCAGACCUGUUUAGUGAAUACCCAAAGGUAGGGUAGAACAGUCAAGUCAAAAAGGCUGUGGGCUUUGGGUGUAAGGAUCCUCUCAUGAGGCACAGCAAACAUAGCAAGCACACAAGAUCAGUCAUUCCUGCUGCAUCACCAAACCACAUUUCUUUGGCCUGUUCUCUUCUGCUACCACCUGUGGAUUCAGUCUGAUCAGUGAGAAGUUAUGGUAUUUAGGGAAUAAUCUCCAGAACCUCCACACUUUGUAUGAAGCUGCCUUACAGGCAGGCCAUUGAUCCAGCUAUCUUCAUAUUAUGUGCUCUGACUAGAAGUGUCACUGCCAGGCAAUCAGGCAGGUGUCUUUUUCAGCCCUGUACCCAAAACACAUUUAUCUGCAAUGCCAGGGAUUAAAUCCUGGACCUUCUAUAUGCAAAGCAUGUGUUCUGUCACUGAGCUAUGGUCCUUAUCUGUUUGUGUCUUUGUGUGCUGUUAUUCUGUGUCUCUGAUUGCAGCUAUGUGUUGCAUUCAUCUUAAGAUCAGCUCAUAGGCUGCAUGGCGGCUGAGAACCUGGAACUGAUGAAUUUAUUUUAAUGCACUUUUUAGUAUUGGUUCACUAGGAAAUCAAAUAAUGAAGGCCACAUCUGGUAUACGCCAGCAGCCCUACCCCUAAUCUUGUUAACAGGCUUGAGUAUAUCCUCUUUGCUUGCAUGGACAUAUGUAAGUAUAAAUAAUUCAAAUUAAGCCAACUCAGUAUAAUUUUUAUUUCCAAGGUUCAGAUUUUCCAUGGAUUUUGUCAUGUUUUAGCAAGGAUUGUGAUAGCACAGGGGAAAGAAUGCGGGGGUGGGUGGGGAGUAAUUUUGCACAGCAAGUGCAAGAAUGUAGAUAACAGCUAUGGAAGGAGAUGGACAGAUUGGGAAAAGGCUGACUAUUGGAAGAUGUUUUUCUCUAAUUCCUCACUUGCAUCUUUAGCAGCUGCUGCUCAUUCAUUUCAAGACUCUCUUCUGAAAUUAUGAAGAGUGGAAAUUUCAAAAACAUGUUCCUAGGAUGCUAAAUAAUGUCAUGACAUAUCAAAUUCUGUCUGAAAUCACAUAGCUUUAUAGCUAAGAAAUUCAAUUACAUUCAUUGUUAGUUGACUCACUCUAUGAAGACUCAUGUCUAUUGUGAUGAGGUCACACUCAGUUUUUAUUUUAAACGAAUAGGUAAAAAUUUUCCAGGUAUCUUUUUUUCCUUUGCAGGGAGGUGUGUGUGUGUGAUGAAAUGACUGUCCCAUUAUUUCCUUUUUUAUUCUACAAGGCUUUUAAAUGGCUUGUUAAGUGUCACUGUUUCUUUCUCCUCUUGGACACUUUGGCACACCUUAAGUUGCCAACCACAAUUGUUCCAAUUUUUUAGUGUCUUCAGAAAUAGUGGAGGCAUGUCCUUAAGCUCUUUUUUGAUGCUACAAAUGAUAAAUGUAGUUUUGUGUUCAGCUAAUGUCAUGAUCCUUAUGCUUUCAACAGCUGAGGACUUAUAACAAACAUCCUAAGAUUCUCAGGGUGAUUUCAGACAUGAAAGAAGACACAUGAGGGACGUGUGUAUCUUCCUGUGUUUCUAGGGCCUUGGGCAAAGAGCCACUCAGACAUUUUCCCUAUAGGAAGAUAUAUGAGCUUUACUCACAUUGGUGGUAUACACAUAGUUUCCUAGGGAGGUGUGGCGUGUCAUCUCAUAAUAACAAAGCCAUUGCAGUUAUGUAAUAUAGCCAAAUGCUUUGUGAAACAGGCAGCAGAACAUGACCACUUCAGAUCCCUCUUAAUUUUUUUCUGAAUCUUGUGAAUACCCAAAGGAUGCUGAAUAUUGCUUUCAUCCAAAGUGACCCUGGUGCCUGCAGAAGGGAACCUUCUUACACAACAGGGGUUUUGAUUUCUGUUGAGUCCUUCCCCAUGCUGCAUUGCAAGUGUUCAGGAGGGUCUCCUGACUCUCAGGGGCAGUUUUUCAACAGUCUCAAGGGACUGCAGCAGGAAGGAGUGUGUGGAAAAGACCCUUGGCAAGGCAAAACUCCAUAAACCGGAAAGAAUCGAGCCUGUAAAUUGUUAAAAGUAAACUUGUGUGUCUGACUUGGAGAACAGACAUGUGUGAUGUUUCCACAAGCAGGGCUUGGUGCUGAAUUGAAAACCUCCAGUUCACAAAUGAUAUGCCCAUUGAUUGUGUAGGAGGUACUGUGAUCUGAAAGCUUGGCGAAGUUGAUGAAUCCGGAUUUUGAAGAAUUCCCAACCUCUCUUCUCCCACCAUCCCCACCUUGUAUAUGAACCAUAUGUCAAACCAGAGUGAAACUAAAUUUUGAUUGCCAUAAACUUGGCCCAUGCCAUAUUAAGUAUGUUGUUUAAUGCCUUUGUGUUCUUUUCACAAUCUAAUAGCUUUAAACGGAAAGUUGGGAUAUUCAGUUUUAGAUAAGUAAACAGAUGUCCUCAAAGUGGACCUUGUAACUUAAUCAAAGCAUUUAGGACACCAUUUCUAUUCAGUUACUGUAACCUCUUUAGCACAGAGAACCAGGGGGCUUUGCUUUUUCUAAUUUAUACACUGAUUGGCCAGUCCCACUAUUUAAAUAUUUCAGGUAAAAUCUGAAGAUUGUAUUAUUUACCUUACUUUCAUUAAAGCUCAAAUAACACACUUGAUGCACAUACUAAUCUGAAGGGUUAAGUUCAUUAGUGUUGCACUUUGGUUAUCUGAACAGAACAUUAUGGAUACUGUAAAUUUUUAUGCAUACCAUAUGCUUUUUAAUCAUUAUUUUGUCAUGGUGAUAAGAAUAUUGCUGUACAAUAAAUUUAGAAUGCAUA